UGAAAUUCGUCCAACUCCAACUUUGCAUUUCGUUUAGCGGCAACAGAAAACAACCCCCCACCAAACCUGCCUGCCCUUGUUUAAUAUCAAACCUUUGACUCUCUUUAUAAACUCUGAUACACUUGAAGAGAAGAAACCAAGAAUCCUACAAUACAUUCAUACACAGAGGGAAAGGGAAAUUAGCUAGUGAAAGAGAGAUGGUUAACCUUGUGGCAGCACAAAAGCCAUUGUUGCAUGGGCUUAUGAAGAUGGCUGGCGUUCGGCCCUACAUAGUAGAGAUUGAGCCAGGCACCGUCAUGAACUUUUGGGUGCCAUGUGAAACCAUCAAGAAACCAAAAAAGGGCCAAAAGAACGUUCAAGAGGUGAACAAACCAACCAAACCGGUAGUUGUUCUUGUACAUGGCUUUGCUGCUGAAGGAAUUGUCACCUGGCAAUUCCAAGUUGGUGCCUUAACUAAAAAGUACUCCGUUUAUGUCCCUGACCUUCUCUUCUUCGGUGGCUCCAUCACCAAUAAAACCGAUCGAUCACCGGCUUUUCAGGCUCACAAUGUGGCUAAGGGUUUAGCAAAACUUGGUGUGGAUAAGUGUGCCCUAGUGGGGUUUAGUUAUGGUGGCAUGGUUGUGUUUAAGAUAGCUGAGUUGUAUCCCAAUUUGGUUGAAAGAAUAGUGGUGUCUGGUUCGAUCAUCGCCAUGACUGAUUCUAUAAGUGAUGAAACAAUAAGCAGACUUGGGUUCUCUUCCUCUUCAGAGUUACUGUUGCCUGAUUCGGUUAAGGGUUUAAAAGCUCUUCUCUCUGUUGCUGCUCACAAGAAGCUCUGGUUCCCUGAUCGGCUUCAUAAAGAUUACCUUGAGGUUUCACCAUCCAGCUACAAGGCCGUAGACGCAUCAAGGAGAAUAGUGGUUCAGGUGAUGUUCAGCAAUAGGAAGGAGAGGUCUGAACUCCUGGAGGCUUUGGUGAUAAGUAACAAAGACAAUAGCAUCCCAAAAUUUCCACAGAAAAUACAUCUCCUAUGGGGUGAGAAAGAUCAAAUAUUCAAUCUGGAGCUAGCACACAAAAUGAAAGAGCAAAUAGGAGAGAAUGCUACAUUUCAGGGCAUAAAGAAGGCAGGUCAUUUGGUUCACCUAGAGCGACCUUGUGUCUACAAUCGGUGUCUCAAGCAAUUUCUUGCUUCUCAACAUACAGGGGGAUCCCAAAAGUGACAACUCACACCAUCUUUCUGAACGAUCCUCUCCCUGUUUCUUUAAUUCAGCAUUACUGUUGUGUGUUUUGUAACAUCCUUGGCGUUCUCGAGUAGAAUGAAGAACCCUUUAUCCCAUAUAAUUGAUAAAAAAAUUAAUAUUAGAAAAUUGUUUGAAAAUAAUAAUUACAAUAAAGUAUUUGUCCUGCUUUUCCAUAA